AUGCGCGCAGGUACGGGGAAGCCAGCCGCCUCGCUCAGCCGCUAACCUCCCUGUUUAAGGACUAAUAUGAAAGAAGUGGAUUUAGAGGUCUGACAGAGCCCAGAGAGGAGGCACAUACACACAUAUAUAGAUUUUUCCUCUUCUUCUUCUUCUUCUGCUUCCCACCCCCUUCCCUGUGGAUCAUUCUUGUUUUCCCAUCACCAGAGCGUAAAGCAUGGAUGUCUUGGCGAACCACAGUAUCUUUCAGGAACUUCAGCUCGUGCACGACACCGGCUACUUCUCGGCCAUGCCUUCGCUGGAGGAGAACUGGCAGCAGACCUGCUUGGAAUUGGAGCGCUAUCUGCAGACAGAGCCCAAGCGUUUGUCGGAGCUCUUUGACCAAGACUUGGAUGGCCUCCUAACUCCAGCCUAUAUGAAGGAGGAUGGAGAGGAGGAGCUGUCAGACACCCUGCUCCCCAGCCUGCCGAGCCUCCCAGAACCACCGAGCCCACCUCCGGUGAUCCUUUGCCCUACUCGAAAGAACUUCCCUUCCCCUGGCGCUGUGAGGAGAGACCUCAAACCCAAAGGACAAGGGGUGGAAAAUGUAGAGGGCAUGGAAGGGGUCCACCAGGCUCAGCUGAGUGCCGUCACCUCCCUGACACCUCCGUCAUCGCCAGAACUCGGCCGACACCUCGUCAAACCCAACCAGACGCUGACGGCCUCGGCUGAUGGGACACUCACCUUGAAGCUGGUAGCCAGGAAGGUGGGGCUUAGCGCAGCCAGGUUGGUGGCGGGGCACACACUUCCUGUCCAGGUGAAAGAUGAAGAUGAGGGGGCUGCAUGUGUGAUCGGGGUUGGAGAGCUACCAGAAAACAAGAAGAGGAUUCACCGCUGCCAAUUCAAUGGUUGCAGAAAGGUGUACACCAAGAGCUCCCACCUAAAGGCCCACCAGAGGACACAUACAGGUGAGAAGCCAUACAAGUGCUCGUGGGAGGGCUGCGAGUGGCGAUUCGCCCGGAGCGACGAGCUGACGAGGCACUACCGCAAACACACCGGCGCCAAGCCUUUUAAGUGCAACCACUGUGACAGGUGUUUCUCGCGGUCGGAUCACUUGGCGCUACACAUGAAGAGGCACAUCUGAGAGAUUCGGGAGAGGUCAGCGGGAGAGUGGAUGGAAGAGAGAGGAAAAGGAUGGAGGCAGAGUGGAAGAAAGAGAGGGAACGUCUGCAGAAAAAUAACACCUUGGAUUUCAGAGAGAGACAGCAGGACAGAUUGAAAAAAAAAACAAGAAAACACAAGAUCUGGUCUUUCUCGACUGGAGAAAUUGAAACCACACAGGGACUACAGACAGAAAUACAGGCAGACAGACAAACUGAUCCUAAGUGGCUCUGUCAAUCUGUGCACGACCAGUUGGUCCAUGAUUCCACGGUGACACAUCUUCACCUCACAACCAUCCCCCCAACUCCCCCUGUGUCGUUGCGUGGACUAUACAGACGCUCCAUCCCACCCUUCAUAUGUGUCUCAGAGGGGAUGUCACAUGACGAGCGUCGGGCCACGUGCCUGUAGUUGGCAGCUUUUUAUUUCUCACCCUUUGCAGUCUUUGCCUCGCUGUGGUCCCUCUGUGAAAUGCUUCCAGUCCUGUUCAUGCAGCAGUGCUCCACAUGCCAACUAGGACACCAGUGCCAAACUGGACCAGUUGUACUGUAACUCUGGUGUACUGCGAGGAGUACUACUGUUACAACACAUAUAUUUGAAAAGAAGAGUUCAUUCAUUGUCAAUAGCAGUUCAGCCAAGCAAGCGCGAAGGCUGACUUUCACUCCCUCAAUACUCGCCACACCCUUUAGAAUUCACCAUUUCUUAUAUAUCCAACAAAUAUUUGACAGUUUUCAUCAAACGUCUGUCUUAUCUGCCAACUGAAUCCAUUCAUAAAUCCCUAUGACUUCAUGACAUAUGAGCACUUGCUUGAAUGGAUCGUUCCAUUAGAUUUUGAAGACUUGAAAAUGGGAGUGUGUCCCACUGAUGUGCUGUGAAGACUGACUGAGGUCAUGUAGGCGGUUAGCUUGCUCUGUGAACUUCCUUUUACCGGUUACGACUAGGCAAGGCUAACUUGCCUACACUGGGAAAGACUCCUAGAACAUCAGCUGGAACUGAGUGGUUCAAGAGAUGCGAGAUGGCUCUUAGGAGUGUUUUUCCUCUCUGGGAUCUUAGCUCUAAUGAGUUGUUGUCAAAAAACUGUUGCACAAUUGACUCUGUUGACAAACUUUUGUAAAAAUGUAUCCACUGUCUUGAACCGGGAAUUAAUUAGGGACUCAACAAACGCUGGCUUUCACGUGCCAAAUGAGCGUGGACAGCCAAAUGCACAAGUUGAAGCAGCUAGCUAGUUGCGAUAGCACACCGAACACAAACAAAAAUCACUAUGUACGUAAAGGCUAUUUUAUUUCUAGGAAAUAGUUCUCCUGUUUGUUUGAAGAAGAAAAAAAACAGCUAAAAAAGACAGCAUUUCACUGGCAGCCAAAAAACAAACAAAAAAAACUCUGCAGUAGAUGCCCAAAAUGAUCUCUUUGCACUUGAGAGUGAUUGGCAACUAACUAGCCACUAGGUUCUGUCCUUUUCAUACCAUCCUUGCAUACUACUUUUUCCAAUUUAGCAGCUCUUAGACAGCCUUUUCAGAAACAAAUAAUUUUUAAAAAAGCACCAUUUAACAGCUCUUUAAACAUGGCCCUAUGCAGAACAAAGGACAUUCCCGAUCAACAUGUAGGACUGAAUGCAGAUUUCUACUCUGCCAGAAAUAGAAGAACUUUGGGGAAGAAACAAAUUUAACAAACUGGGUGGCUCUUCUCAGAGCAAAUCAGUGUGAAUGUAUUAUUGCAAGUCUAAACAUGUUGCUGGGCCCAGAGGUGUGGUUGGUAAGAUCAUACAAGGCACCAUUUGUAUUUAUACUUUUUUACUGUUAAAAUGAACAAUGGGAUUUGGAAAACUAGCUAGUCACACCUGGUAACUUUUACUGGACCACUGAGAGGUCAUGAGUAUGGAUUUCCAGUGGGUCUGGAGUGUGUUAGGGGAGGAUCGGAUCUGCUCAGUCAGCAAUGAUAACUGCCCCAUCAGCUCACAAAACUGCAGCGGAGUGAAACCCACACGCACAAAGAGACACAUACAUUCACUCUGAGAAAACUGGAAUUAUCAUCUGUCCUGUGUGACCUGACUUUACUUAGAUACAACCAAGACUGAUAAAAAGGUCAUAAACAUCUUCGUGUCGCAGAUGAAGGUAAACACAGAAGAGAGCUUGAACAAAAGUAGACUGUGAAGAUGCUGACGAAACUUUACUGAGGACAGUUGCGUCAAAGCAUAAAUUCUUUAUUUUAAGACUUUAAUUUGUGUGCUUCGCUUUGAAGCAAAAGUUAACCUGCAUCUGUUUGCAUUUUGGAACAAAAGACACAACAUUUACUUUAGUCUGCGCAUGAGUGCAGUCUAGCUCAAUAUUUUCUAGACAUGAUAUAGUAGUGGCUCUGAAGGUAGAUAACAGCAUCAAUAACUCCUUCAUGUAGUGAACUUAUUCUAAAUGUGGAAGCAAGUCUGACGUUUAUUUGUUCUUGAGCAAAUACCUGUCAGAUAACUUGUUUUUUCUCUCUCCUGUCUUUGCAAGGUCCAUUUGCAAAGACAAAAGAGACUGACCACUUAGUGUUAAGGAGGCCAAAAUUUUUCACAAGCCUUCCAGAUUGAAACUACUGUUAGUAUUUAGCUGUGUCUCAACUCGCAUACUUCCAUACUUGCUGUUUGCAGGUGUGUUCCUUGAGGAAAAUCCAUUAGCUAAGUGAGGCAUGGUAAAAUGCUGCUAUCCACUUGUUAAGUCCGACAUUAUUAGCCAUUUCCAGGUCUAAAUGCUCCUUCCGUUCCCAAAACACCAAGGCACCUUUAAAACAGUUGAAAUUCUUUCAGAUCUAAUAAAAACGAUUACUAUGACUGUUCUUUCAAGUGUAACAAUAAAGAUUCAUGUCCAGCCAUCCAUGAAAAGAGGAGUUAGUAACUUUAGCAGGGUUAGAUGUUAGCAGGAAGUUAGCUGACUACAUAUAACAUGCUCUAACUGAAGUAUUCUAAAAGUAAAUAAAUAAAUAAAAAGACAAUAAUGCUAUAGCUUUGGACAACAACAAAGAUGGAACACUAAAUAGUAGCAAUGUUUGGAGAGUUAGAGACAUUUGACUAAUGGGAUAAAUGGAUAUUUGCACAUAAGUGCUACCUGGUGGCUAGCUGCAGAGCUAUAGCUAAUAUAAACACAAUAGCACAGGGAAGAUGACGGAUUUAAACUGUUCUCCGUGUCGAGGAGGAAGGCGAGAAGCUGUCCACAGCUCGAGGUUAGUUAUUUUUUUGCUGUGCGGUUUAGCUAAAAAAAAAAAAAAAAAAAAAAAAUCAUGGUCCUAAGCUUAAUAUAGUCACUGAAA